AUGGAGAAGUCACACGCCAAGUCUUCUCUCAAGAAGUUUGUGAGGAGUGCUUCACUGUCUUCAGCUUCAUGGAGCUCCAGCGAGAGAGGAAUGGCAAAAGAUGAAGUGUACAAAGAACGAAAUUAUGACAAAGUUAAAACUUAUCAAAGGCCUUCAGCAAAAGAAAAUACCAAGCCACAGGAAAUCAAACUACAUACCCAACAAAGAGCCAUCAAACGGGCAAUCUUCAACUAUGAGGUAGCCACAAAACUGUAUCUCAUAGAGCAACAGAAAAAACAAGAAGAGAGGUUACAGAAGUUGAUAGAAGAGGAGGAGAUCCGGCUGCUGAGAAAGGAGAUGAUUCCUAGAGCUCAACUAAUGCCUUUCUUUGACAGACCUUUCUUUCCACAGAGAUCAAACAGGCCAUUGACAGUUCCGAGAGAGCCAAGUUUCAUGAGCAUGAUGAGCAGCGGGAAGUGCUCGAGCUGCAUUAUUCCUAACAGCCAACUCUACAGUUUCCAACAGAGCCGUCACACUCUCAAGGCCAUUUACAAGCCUUCAGCAAAAGAAAAUACCAAGCCACAGGAAAUCAAACUACAUACCCAACAAAGAGCCAUCAAACGGGCAAUCUUCAACUAUGAGGUAGCCACAAAACUGUAUCUCAUAGAGCAACAGAAAAAACAAGAAGAGAGGUUACAGAAGUUGAUAGAAGAGGAGGAGAUCCGGCUGCUGAGAAAGGAGAUGAUUCCUAGAGCUCAACUAAUGCCUUUCUUUGACAGACCUUUCUUUCCACAGAGAUCAAACAGGCCAUUGACAGUUCCGAGAGAGCCAAGUUUCAUGAGCAUGAUGAGCAGCGGGAAGUGCUCGAGCUGCAUUAUUCCUAACAGCCAACUCUACAGUUUCCAACAGAGCCGUCACACUCUCAAGGCCAUUUACAAGUGA